CUUGUCCAGGCUCGUAACUAUGGCGGGGAGGUCUGAUGGAUAGGUAAGCCGGCGCCGGUGCUUACUUGCCUGAGGCUGAAGGUGGGAGUCGGGUGUGGCUUGCGGGGUGGUGAGCGGGCUCAGCGAGUAACCCCUCCAAAAAAUAUCGGGCGCCACACCCCACGUUCAGGUUCAUAAAGAUUUCGAAUCAUUAGCAAAUUUGUGACUCCUUCCUACACAGUUAGGCAAGGAAGCGAUAAGUCGAUCUGUUCAACUCGCCAAGCCAAAACGCGUGCCGCUCUAGGACGCCCCUCCAGGACCCUUUUCACAUCACAGCGAGGAGAGAAAGAACCGAUUCUACAGAUCAAUUCGGCGAAAACCUCUCACGACCUGCAAGAGCACUUCCCUUUCGCCUGAGCGCGACCUUGGGCCAGAAAUCGGCUACUCCUACACCACUUGCCCCGAAUCCCCCUACGUCCACGAGACUCUCGCCCGACAUGUCGCUGACAAACUGUCGCUUUUACGAGGAAAAGUACCCGGAGAUCGAUAGCUUCGUCAUGGUCAAUGUGAAGCAGAUCGCCGAUAUGGGUGCUUACGUCAAGCUCCUCGAAUACGACAACAUCGACGGCAUGAUCCUGCUAUCCGAACUCUCGCGACGGCGUAUUCGAAGUAUCCAAAAGCUAAUCCGGGUCGGCCGCAAUGAGGUCGUCGUCGUUCUUAGAGUCGAUAAGGAGAAGGGGUAUAUCGACCUUUCAAAGCGACGAGUUUCGCCGGAGGAUAUUGUUAAGUGCGAGGAGCGUUACAACAAGAGCAAGAUGGUCCAUUCGAUCAUGCGCCAUGUUGCUGAGAAGACCCUGACGCCCAUCGAGACUCUGUACGAGAGCAUAGCCUGGCCCCUGAACAAGAAAUUCGGCCACUCGAUCGACGCAUUCAAACUUUCCAUAACGAACCCUGAUGUGUGGAGCGGCAUCGAAUUCCCGAGCGAUCCCGUGGCAGAGGAGCUCAAGUCCUACAUCGGAAAGCGGCUGACACCCCAGCCUACGAAAGUACGUGCUGAUAUCGAGGUUACCUGCUUCGAAUAUGACGGAAUCGAUGCCGUGAAGGCAGCCUUAAGAACAGCUGAGGCGCGAAAUACCGCGGACAAUCAAGUUAAAGUGAGGCUCGUGUCUCCGCCUCUCUACGUGCUAACCAGCACGUGUUUGGACAAGAGCGUCGGCAUACAGCGACUGGAGGAGGCAAUUGUCGAUAUCCGCAAUAAUAUCACGGGCGCUGGCGGUCAGCUCGUCGUCAAGAUGGAACCGAAGGCGGUCACGGACUCGGACGACGCCGAGCUGCAGGCACUGAUGGAGAAGCGCGAACGUGAGAAUGCGGAGGUUAGCGGAGACGAGAGCGUUAGUGAGAGCGACGACAAUAUCCCCGAGACUGUCUAGGCUGCGGUUCAUGAGUCUCGAACGUCCCGAACUUUUCAGUUAGUUCUAUUAAAAGGGGUACUAGGCCGGGUUAAGGGUGCCCAGGGGUCUUGGUAUUCACGGGACAUAAAAGCACCUAGCAUGCGGAUAGAGCAUUUUCAGAACGGAUCGCUAGUUUCCGUGUAUGCAUUUUACAGGGAAUAUAAUCUGAAUGAUAUUCACCGGAGCUAGAAACGGUUUCUGAGAAGCGGAAAGGGGGGGGGCUUGGUCUUUUGUUUGUUUUUUAAAAAGUUUUGUUAAAACAAGAAACUGAGGGAGAGUCUGCGUCCUAGGUUAUGGGUACUAAACGUACCUACGCAAAAGAGGCCAUUCGUGGUUUGGCCGGUAUGUGGUGACUAUUCCGUAUUAUCUGUUUAUCCGAUAUCACGAUAGGUACCACAUGAGAGCUUGUAUUCAAUUAAGAAAUUGUGCACCAGA